UACGUCAUGCUUGUUUCCGGAAGAGCUCCGAGGAUCAUGGGUAUCUUCCAAGAAAGGGGACGUCCUGUUUACAGAUCAAACUCUAAGCAGUUUCUACCCAUGCCGCCACUUCGAAGAUUGUGGUGACGUCACUAGCAACUGGACAUGCACGCAAAACAUCGGCCACAAAUACGUCAUGAUGAGUGACCUGAUUACAGCUGAAUCACUAAAAGGUCGUAUCUUUACCUGUCUCUACCUGUAUAAAAUGACCAGUACCAAGUUUUUGAUGUACCAGGGACCAACAGAAGAAAAAGGUUUGCCUUACUACGAUUAUGUCAAGGUGGCUUUGGUACCGAAAAACCUGACCGCUGACCAGUUGUGUGACCUAGAUGAGUCAGCAUUUCCUCCUUCCAGGCACAAUCUGCUCAUUAGAAAUGAUAGCCUGGACUCUUCAAAGACCACGUGUCCAGCUGAACUUCUUGGACAUUACCGUGAACUCAGCUGUAACACAACUGUCGACGUCUGCUCAGACCGGAAACAAAUGAUAUUCGACACCAAGGACUGCAACCUGGAGACCUUCUACUUUGCAGGAAACGUAACUCUGUUAUGCUUAACAAGUUUAUCACUAGGGGAAACAACUUAUGUAACAGUGUACAGAGAUGACGACAAUGCAGAGGGAUAUUGGAACUCCAGUUUUCUAUGUAUGGCAGUCACCAUUAACGAUACCACAGUCUACAUCAGGCCCACCCCACGUGACUGCCGUGGCCUGGAUACGCCUGCACAGGACGCUGCUGACUUGGUGCUGGAAACAUUAGGUUAG